AUGUUCAUCCAGGUGCAGGAGACUCCAAAUCCAGUAACGCUGAAGUUCCAUCCGGGCAAGCCGAUAAUGGGCAAAGGGAAAGGAACACUUGAUUUCAACACAUUUUCAUCCGCGAAAAGUAGUCCACUAGCCACGCAGUUGCUUCGAAUAAAUGGUGUGAAAAGUGUCUUCUUCGGUGAGGAUUACGUUACAGUAACGAAACAGAAUGAAGACGAAGAUUGGGCAGUUUUGAAGCCUGAAAUCUUUGCAGUUCUAAUGGAUUAUCUUCAGUCCGAGAAACCGAUUAUCAGCGAAGGUGAAAUGCCCACUGGCCCCGAAGAUACAGUAAUACAUCCGGAUGAUAGUGAUACAGUUGCGAUGAUCAAAGAACUACUCGAGUGUCGCAUCAAACCGAUGGUACAGGAAGAUGGUGGUGAUGUAAUAUACAAAGGUUUCCAGGACGGUGUUGUAUACCUCAAAAUGCAGGUGAAGCAAAUUUGA